AUGUCCUCCACCGACACAAAAGCGUUAUGGUUCUGUCACGGUAUUGGUAUGAGCCUAUGUGUCACUCGCCUACUUCUUCGGAAAUAUCGUCGUCAGACCUUCACCUACGGCGACUACUGGACUAUGUUGGCCUUCGUUGCUCUUACGUUACGAGCCAGUCUGAAUAACAUGAUUAUGAGAGACGGAACAACCGCUACUAUGCAAAAUGACCUUCGGCCUCCAGGUCAUCUAUCGUCAGAAGUGUUUGAUAGAAUUGUCCUGAACAGCAAGCUCAAUAUUGUCAAUCGAUUGACGAUCAGUACAAUGUUAUGGGCUCUGAAAAUGGUAGUCCUUGAUCUUUGUGCCCGUCUUAUAAGCAAGAUGCCCAAGGAACGCCUCGUCAAAUACUCUUUCUGGGCGACGUUCGCGGCAACAUACCUCGCGAGCCAACUGGCAGUGGCUCUAGAAUGCAAACCCUUUCAUCUAUACUGGCAGAUAUUUCCCGACCCGGGUAAAUGUGUCAAUGGGAAUGUGUGGUUAAUCACAUACGAAUUCGGAAAUUUAGUAACAGAUGUUAUGCUUCUUGUCUUUCCCUUUCCUCUCCUCUUUGCAGUCAAGGUUCACUGGCAGAAGAAAGCACAACUAUGCUCCUUGUUCAGCAUUGGCAUCUUCCUCAUCGCCGUAAGUUGCGUCCGGAUCAGCCAAGGGCUUCUUCAUUCACGGUCCCAACUGAGCCGAACUCUAUGGGGCUCGAUCGAAGCCUUGUUCGCAUCCAUUGUUGCACAGAUUCCCACAAUGUACAUCCUUAUCCGCAACUCGGCUGAGAAUAGUAGCUAUAUAGCUCCCGAAGAUACCUAUCACCUCGCAUCGAGGACUACACAGGCAGCGCGUUCGAACACCAAACAAAGUGAUCAAAAAGAUGACAUUGAGCCGGGCCACAACGAAUUCAGCGCUACCACUAAUGAUCGUUAUCGAGCACGUGGGUACGCAGGCGAGAAUACGGGUUCUUCAUCUACCGAGAUUGAUGGCGAAAGUGAAAGCACUAAAGGAAUAUUGGUCACCGUUGAUAUUACCCAGGUCGACCAAAACGAAGCCAGGCAUAGCGUUGUAGGUGGAACACAUCAAAGCAAGCGAUAA